GGCGGUUCGAAGAUUAGGUAAUGCCGUUGACACUCCAGUUUUCAUCAAUAAUAAUAGUGAAACAAAUGAAGUAACGAGUGCUUGUUGUGAUAAAUUUAAAAUAGAACUCAAACCAGCACAAAAAAUUAUUAAACUGCUACAAGAAGAGAAACUUAAACACGCCCAGUCGGACCGGCGAGAAGAGAUACUGUCCAACAUCAAGAUUGAGCCCGAUGACAGCAAACUGGAGCUGCUGGUAGCCCUCAAGAAAGCACGGAGACUGAAGCUGCAGGAGGCUGUUACAGAAUCAAAGAACAGUGCAAAAAAAGGUGGCAGAGUCAGUGAUGGAGGGAAAUGUGGAAUGUGGUUCCAUUGUGCUGAAUGCUACAGCAGAAUUCUGCUGCACACUGUGUGACAUCCCCACUUAAGGUCUGGCUGGCAACAUGGAUGAGGACGCACAGGAAUUGCUUGUGAUCUGCAGAUAAAUGAACACUUGGCAAGGGCAGUUUGAUUUAGCAUGUGUCAACACUGGAUACAGUCCAUUGCCCAUCUACAGGACUUCGAGAAGAAAAUGAGUGAAGAGAAGAAACGUCAAGAAGAAGAAGGCAAACGUGGAGCUUGGAAUGAAGUUGAGAUUGAGAUGAUGAAAAGUUUGGGCGUCACGAGCGCUACAGUGGUCCAACCUCAGACUUCAAAGAAAAGGAGGGCUACAAACCAAAUGUUAAACUCAAUUACACAGAUGAUGAUGGACACGUACUUAAUGCAAAGGAGGCUUUCAGGGCAACCAUCUCAAAAACAAAACUGCAAAUUCUUCAUGAAAUACGCUGGCACCAACUCUAAACUUUGGUGUGGACUUACGUUUUUAUUGUUUCUUACUGUCUGGAAUAUCAUCUCUAUUUUAAUUAAGACAGCUUGCAGCUGCCGACAGUGCCCAUAUGUACUGGAAGGAAGGCCACAGAGUUCAUGUCACAUUCAAAUGAGUACAGUGGUUCUCCUGCUUCCUUAGGUAACCUGUUGGCACCUGUAAGCUGAAAAGUACAAUUUCUAGUGAUUAGUUGCUUGCUUAUAGGACAUGAGCCAGAUGAACAGCCUCUAUGCUAAAUCAGACAUGAAGUAAUUAUGUUUGGCCUUUCUUGAUUGCAAUAGCAAUAUUGAAUCCUUCCAAGUGAAGAAAGAAACCCUUGUUCAGUUGUAGGUCAGUAUGAAAAGCAGUAAAAUUAUGCAAGCAACAGAAUCAGAAGAUGUACAGUCUACUGCAAAUCAUUGUAAAGCACCACUGAUAUAUCUCUGAAACAUU